CACGUGUGACUUGCGGGAUUGCGGGGAAUAUGUCAAUCUGUCAAACAUGAAAACAAACGUGCUUAUUUGAGUUUCAAUUGUCAAAUAUACUCGAACAUCAUGUCUGCCUCCCAGCGUAGUCUUGUGAGUCUGGGCAAGAAAGUGACGGAGAAAGUGGAAAAUAUCCGGGAUCAACGUCACCUGUUGUCUGCCAUUCUUGAUGAGUAUAUAGCAGAUAGUGAGAGAGAUGCUGAAAGUCUACUUGCUAUCACAGACAAAGGCAUGUUUAUGCAGAGUUUUGUGGAUGUCAUGCAGAACUUGGACAGGUGUUACAACACCUGUUUCCUUCUUACCACAGAGGCUGAAAAUCUUAUUGAAGAAGCACAACGAGCCAGUCCCACACUGUGUCUGCCUGUACUAGACUCAAACAAGCUAGCCAAGCACACUUGUGGAGAGGAUAGUUUGCUCACUGUCGAUUUGCCUGCUGCAUCAGUGAACAAACAGGAUGCUGUGAGGACAGAGAGCUGCAGGUCCUGUCUGCAGGAUAGAGGUGGUCCCCCUCCUUCAGGAAUGGACCAGCCCACAGUUCUCAAUGUCAACCUGAAUGAGAACGCCUCUAAACCAGCUGCUCAGAAGCAUGUAUGGAAUAUUAAACCAGAUGAUGACACAAAGGAAUCCUGUUCUGAACUGAAGCAUUCUUCCCCCACUGAUGUUCACAAGAUAUCUGACUGUUCUGCGAUCCCGAACACAGCUCGGCCAAGGCUUGAUAUGAAUGUUGCCAAGCGAUGUCUGAGGACUGUCAUCAAACAAGCAGAAAGUGAUAACGGUGAAAGGAAACAUCGCAAAACACGACGUGUCAGAACUGAUUCUAAAGGAAAGCAAAAAAUUAAAGAAAGUGAAAGUGCAGUAACAGGAGAAAUAGAGAAUGUCUUGGUGGAUACUCGAGGGUCUAUCAAAGCGGAACAUGAUCUUCAAAACUUUGCCAAGGGAAACACAGCUUCCAAGGAUUGUAAGGACAUCUGUCCUUCAACUCGGAGCAAAACUAGUUCUUCUCAAAACAUCGAUCUCUCGUCAGAAAACAAUAACUGUUCAUCAGAAAAUAUCAGUAUGUCAACACAAAACGCCAAUGUGCCACCUCAGAAUUUCAAUGUAUCGGCUCACAAUGCUAAAGAGAAUUUGCUUAAUGUGGAGGAUUUUUUAAACAAAUUAGACAAGCCAAACGCCUCUGAAAAUACAAAGUUAGUAACAUCGGAAAUAAAAACGGAAGAGGUGUACGAUGCAAGGAAUGAUUGUGACUCCAAUGUAAAUGCAUAUGUAAGUCUACCAACAACUACAUCUUCUGUGGACAAAUCCUCUGCUGUAUCACCACAGACUUCUCACAGUUUUGAUACGGUCUUGACACCCAAACAGAACUUAUGUCAAGCUACAUUUGAAGAGGGGUUACCGUAUGGACUAGGGCCUACCCUAGCUCAUGCAGAGUUGUGUGUAGGACAACCUGUUACAGUGGAGGUGCUGGAACCCACAUCACCCUGGAAGUUCUACAUCCAGCAGGUCGGGUUUGGGCUGGACAAACUCAUGGAGCAGAUCUUUUCCUACAUGAUCAAACAUGGAGAGGAUAAGAAUCUGAUAAAGAAACCAGAAAAGAAUAUGACAUGUUUGGCUAAAUUCUCACAAGAUGGGCUAUACUACAGGGCUAGAGUGAUGCAGGUGUACCCCACACAAGAUACGGAGGUACCAGUAGACAUCCUGUAUGUUGACUAUGGCAACAGAGAAGAGGGUACAUCUGCCCACCUGCGAGAACUCCCCGAGAGAUUCACCAGUCUCCCUAUACAGGCAAUACAGUGUGCUCUGGCCAAGGUUGCACCUGUAAACAAGUACAAUGUCUGGACGGAGGAUGACAUUUCAGCUUUUACCCAGUUUGUGUAUAGUCAGAACUUCAGUUGUGUGUACGUGGGUGGGACUGAGGAGGGCCUGCCACAGCUGAUAGAGCUAUACCUGUAUGUUCCCCGCCCAACCGUCACUGGGGGGCAGCUUUACAUUCACAACACAGUCUCUACCGUCAACAUUGCCACCGUCCUCGUCAACCAGGGUCGUGCUCGUGACACUGCCAUCAUAGACCAGAUAGAAGCAUUACGCAGGAUGUAUAAACCAUCUGUUUCGACUUCACAGCCACUGCCAGGUAAAAUAACGGUCAAACAAAUGUCUGACAAAGGGAGAGUACCACAACAGUCGAAUACUGCUACUUCAUCUGGUCAAACUUCUUUAUUAACUGAAAAAGGUAAAAUUCCUCGACCAAUGAAACUGCCUAGACCUAAAGUAGCUGCUCAUAAAAACAAAGUGAUGUCUGUAAAGAGCAUUGUGGCUGCAGCUUCUGGUGUCACUCCGGAAUCAGGUACUCAGGAUACCAUGGAGAAAGUCAAGCAAGGAGGAUUUGUGCAGAUAGAGUCAGCCACACAACACAAAGUCACAUCAGGAGGUGGUUCUCAUCAUAAAGUAGGACCAAACACUGGUAUAGUAUUGCACGACACAGGACCAGCUGUACUGCAGCCGAGAGAGGCAGAUACUGGGCAUAGCAAGCAUGAUGGUUGUGACCAAAGGCAGGAAGAAGACAAACAAAAUAUUGCAGUGUUGCCUAGCCAGGAACAGGUCAGUUCAGAUGUAGCACAGCCAAAUCAAAAAGAAGACAGCACAAAUGUGAAAAAAGCAAGCGAAGAUGAUCAAAAUUCAGAGGAAGAUAGGGGAAACAUUUUCACAACUCCAACUCCUCAAAGCUCUGUCCCAGACAACAGCAGCACUUCCACCACUGCCAAUGAAACUCAAAGUAUUGCAGACUUCCUGGCUAACCUGCCAUUAGCCAACAUCAAGAUUCCCAACAUUUUACAGAGUGAUGAACAACUGUCUGUGAUAUCAUCAGAGGGUUGCUCUGUACCAGCAGCAAAUCAGGGGGAGACAACUUCAGAGAACUCCUCAUACAGAAACAUUGACUUAUGCUCAAAAUGUUUCAAUGUGAUGUUGUCACACGCUGUAUCACCAGAGCACUUCUACAUCCAUAUAGUUUCUGAGACGGUUGGCAAAACACUGGACAAUAUGAUGAAAAACUUGAACUACCAUUUUGAACAGAUUGGUAGGAAGAAUUUACAACAGCUCAACAGAAGUUACACACCAGACCUUGAUGAUUUGUGCUGUGCCCGAUUUUCAGGGGAUAAUUUUUUCUACAGGGCAGUUGUGACAGAAGUUGUUGCAAGUGAGAGUUCCUCUUCUGCCUCAAAAGUACAUGUGUUUUACCUGGACUUUGGAGAUCGGGAGUGGGUGCCACGAUGGAAACUGUUCCCACUUCCUGAAGAGUUCAAGGAUACCCCUCCACUAGCUCUGAGCUGCUCUCUUGCAUACAUCAAACCUGUAGUGACAUCACAAGAUAGUGAUGCUCUCUGGCCAGCAAAUGUCACACAGGAGUUCAUCAAACAAGUUGGGUUUGAAAACCCUAUACAGAUGAUAGUCCUGUCAGGCACCCUCUGCUUUGAUAUGAAAAGAAAACCAGCUUGUGGAAUGGUGGACUCUGGUAUCCUGAAGGUGUUCUUGGUCGGUUCAGAGGACGAAGAGGAAGUCUGUGUCAACAUGGACCUCAUACGUCUUGGUUUAGCUACUAUUGACUCACGCUACAGUCAGGAGAUUGGACUACCCAAUGCCCCCGGGGAUGUAGAAUUAGGGGACUGGGACCCCAUGGCUGAGGAUUACCUGUCCAUAAGGAACAGCUACAACAUUGAUGUUGAUGACCCGGGAGUAGCUACAGUCCAGUACAAGGCACAAGAUGAAAAACAAAUCUGUAAAUACUUUUCCAAUAAUAGCUGUUGGAGAGGAGACAGAUGUCCAUACAGACAUGUCCAGGUCACAGGGGGAGUGACCAUGGAUAGGGAACCAGUGUAUGGUGGACUGGAUGAAGCUCAGAUUGAGGCUCUGCUACCUGAGUGUGACACCUGUGUAGCCAUAGAAAUCGCCACCAUCCUCAAUCCUGCCCACUUUUACAUCAUUCUUCCCUGGGGAAAGAGGACGCUGGACUCGCUCCUUGACCCUAGUGCCACCGAUCCUGGUGAAGAUGAGGAGACUUUGGAUGAACUUGUCAACUCACUGCAGUCGCACUAUGGAAACAUGUCAUUUUCCCAGAAGACACUGGUACAUUAUGCGGAGGGUGAACUAGUGGUGGCUCGAUUUGUACAAGAUGGACGUUGGUACCGUGCAAAAGUCCUCCGAUCUGACGACAGAGAGCGGGAUACAAAGAUCCAGGUGUUCUAUGUAGAUUUUGGAAACAAAGAAUGGGUAUCAGAGCGUGACAUCAAAUCCAUGGAGCCUCAGUUUCUUCAUCUUCCAUUCCAAGCCAUUGAGUGUUUCCUUGUUGACAUAGAACCAGUCGGCCACUCAGAUCAGUUCUCACAGAAAGCUAAGAAAAUGUUCCAACAAAUGACUGAUGGCAAAACCCUGGUAGCUUACGUCAAAUCAAGAUCAUGGAGUGGCUGUUUGUACAUUGACCUGUUUGACACUAGCAGUGAGGAGGAUAUCAACAUUGGUAAGGUGCUCAUAGCACAGGGUCUGGCCCAGGUACCCAGACCACAUUCGGAAACAAGCCUGACGAGUCGUUCAGGCAGUGAGGGCUCCCUCCUCCUCAUUCCUGGCUAGGUGUCUGUAUUGGAGAUUUA